AUGGCGAUAUCAACAGUGGAACCAACCUGGAUACAAGUGUUGAUGGAUGGGUACGAUGAAGAUCCAGAAGCGAAGAAACUGUGGGCAGAAUUGAGUCUGUCAGUAACCAAUGAUCAGGGCUAUUCUUUGGAGCAGGGUAUCAUUCGCUUCCAUGUGCGAAUCUGGGUGGGAAACAAUAUCACUACACAACAGCACAUAAUUCAAGACUUGCACGCAAGUGGCAUUGGAGGACACUCUGGGGUGCUGGACACUUACCAGCGAAUCAAGCGCAUGUUCGCACGGACGAAAAUGAAACAAACUGUGCAAGCCUUCGUUAGUUUUCCCAAAUCACGAGGGUAUGACGUUAUUAUGGUGGUGAUUGUCAAGUUGACAAAAUACGGGCAUUUCCUUCCUUUGAAACACCCUUUCACUGCCACCCAGGUUGCUAAGGUGUUUCUGGAUGGCAUCUAUAAACUGCAUGGGCUACCGCAGUGCAUCAUCUCGGAUAGAGAUGAGAAGUCUCCAUUUGAAAUCUUGUAUGGGCAUGUGCCGAAAAAUUUCGGGGUACCAGAAGACACUACUGCUGCUACUCCAGAACUGGACAAGCUGAUUAGGGACCGGGAAACCACCAUGAUCCUCUUGCAACAACAAUUAUUGCGUGCCCAGGAGCGCAUGCGCAAGCAGGCGGAUAAGCACCGCAGCGAGUGCUCCUUCAAGGAAGGAGACUGGGUCUAUCUGAGCACACAGAAGCUCAGUUUCAAGUUCUACGGGCCAUAUAUGGUCACUUGCCGGGUGGGCGUUGUGGCAUACCAGCUCGCUCUCCCAGAAGGCAGCCAUAUCCACAAUGUGGUGCAUGUGUCGCAGUUGAAGCCACAUCUGCCUACGCACAUCCAGGUUAGUGAUUUGGCUGCCCUUACAGUUCUUGACUCUGUCUCAGGGGUACAACCAGUGGGGAUCACGGCGUCGCGCUGCAUCCAACGCGGUGGUGUGGCGGUGCAACAAAUUCAAGUGGCAUGGGAUACAACCAUUCCUCCAACGACGAGCUGGGAGGACGCCUUCGCGCUCCACGCCUGGUUCCCUGAAGCACUGGCUUAG